AUGUCAUCCCACUCGUUUCCUCUUGUAUUUAAUGCUAAUACACUUGCUUUAUUUCGUAAACGAUUACUUAAUUGUCCUAAAUUUAAGUUGAAUUACAAACCAGAUGUUAAAGAUGCCGCUGUUCUUGUACCAUUAUGCAUUGUUCAAGAAAAACCAAGUAUAUUAUUUACUGUUAGAAAUUUAAAUAUGAGGACUCAUCGUGGAGAGAUAAGUUUUCCUGGUGGAAAAAAAGAUGAUAGCGAUAUAUCGAUAGAGUCCACGGCUUUAAGAGAAGCACAAGAAGAAAUUGGAUUAAAUCCUUCAUCUGUUGAUAUUUUGGGAUGUUUUUCACCUUUACCAAAUAAAACAGGAUCAUUAAAAGUGUAUCCGUAUGUGGGGUUUAUUAAGGAUCAAGUCGAUUUAAAGAAGUUUAAUCCUGAUGAAGUAUCUAGCGUAUUUACUUUACCGAUUGAUUAUUUAAUCGACCCAAGUGUAUUUCGUAAGAUUAUUCCAGAGUAUUAUUCUUGA